GGAAGACAAAAAACGUUUAAAAAAAAAAAAAGUUUUAAAAGGUUAAAAAAAGAGAAAUGUUCUGACCUUCCCGGGCGGCGCUCACAGCCGGUAACACAAACACUUGAGGUCGCCGGGCCGCCCCUGGCCGGUGUCGCUCCAGCUCCGCUCCCCCAGCCCGCGUCGGCGGGGGGCAGCGCGGCCCCUCCGGAGGCCGCGGGCGGGGCGAGAGGGGAGGGGAGGGACUAGGGGGGUCUGCCCGGCCCCACUCAGCCCCCGCCCGCAGCUUGGCGGCCCCAAUCGCCGCCUCCCCUUCCCCGCGGUGACUCGGAUCCCGGCGCUGCCGCUCCCGCUCCUCCUCCACUCCGCACUUUGCGUCUCUCUGCCGCCGCUGCCGCUCUCAGUCAGCGGCGGGGCCGCGGCGCGCAGUGUUCCUGGAGCUGGGCUUGGGGCGCAGCGGCCGCCCGCCCGGCCGUCCUCCUGCUGUUCCCCUGCAUGGCGGCAGCUCCGCAGCCCUAGCCGGCCUCUUGGGGCCCGGGUGAAGGAGCGUGGAAGUCGUGGGUCCGGGGUACGCGCACACACGACGGGACGUUGGCCGGAGGCGGUGCCCGCGGCUCUCCCGCCGCGGCAGCAUGGCGCGGGGCGGCGGGCGGCAGGAGGCCGCUGCUCCCACCACCACCACCAGCACCCGGGGCCUCUGGCCGCGGGGUCCGAGGCCCCUCGGCCUCCUCUGCCUGGCGCUGCUCUGCGGACUGGGCGCCGCCGAGGCGGAGUUCUCUAUCCUGGACGAGGCGCAAGUUCUGGCCACCCAGAUGAGGAAACUCGCCACUGAGGAGCUGGGGGUCGUCACCAUGCAGAGGAUAUUCAACUCCUUUGUGUACACAGAGAAGAUAUCAAAUGGAGAAAGUGAAGUUCAACAGCUGGCAAAAAAAAUCCGUGAGAAGUUUAACCGCUACUUGGAUGUUGUGAAUCGUAACAAGCAAGUUGUGGAAGCAUCGUACACUGCUCAUCUCACGUCACCCUUGACUGCCAUCCAAGACUGCUGUACAAUUCCGCCCUCUAUGAUGGAAUUCGAUGGCAAUUUCAACACCAACGUUUCAAGGACUAUCAGCUGCGAUAGGCUGUCUACCACAGUCAACAGCAGAGCCUUCAAUCCUGGACGUGACUUAAAUUCUGUUCUUGCAGAUAAUCUCAAGUCCAACCCAGGAAUUAAAUGGCAGUAUUUCAGUUCAGAAGAAGGCAUCUUCACCGUGUUCCCAGCCCAUAAGUUCCGGUGCAAAGGCAGCUAUGAACACCGCAGCAGGCCUGUUUAUGUUUCUACUGUUCGACCACAGUCCAAGCAUAUUGUUGUCAUUGUGGACCAUGGGGCUUCAGUCACGGAGACACAACUUCAGAUUGCCAGAGAUGCUGCUCAGGUCAUUCUGAGCUCUAUAGAUGAACACGACAAGAUCUCUGUGUUAACCGUGGCAGACACAGUCAGAACCUGCUCGCUGGAUCAGUGCUAUAAGACUUUCCUGUCUCCUGCCACUAGUGAGACAAAAAGGAAGAUGUCCACCUUCGUUAGCAGUAUAAAGUCAUCUGACAGCUCCACGCAGCAUGCGGUGGGAUUUCAAAAGGCUUUCCAGCUGAUACGAAAUACCAACAAUGGCACCAGGCUCCAAGGAAAUACUGAUAUGGUCAUAAUUUAUCUCUCGGCUGGGAUCACAUCAAAGGAUUCCUCAGAAGAAGAUAAAAAAGCCACUCUCAGUGUAAUCAAUGAAGAAAACAGUUUCCUCAACAACUCAGUAAUGAUCCUCACUUAUGCCCUCAUGAAUGAGGGAGUGACAGGUUUGAAGGAGCUGGCCUUCCUGCGAGACCUGGCAGAGCAGAACUCGGUGAAGUACGGGGUGCUGGACCGCACAGCCCUCCCUGUGAUCAAGGGGAGCAUGAUGGUCCUAAACCAGCUGAGCAACCUGGAAACUACAGUGGGCAGAUUCUAUACAAACCUCCCCAACCGAAUGAUUGAUGAAGCAGUCUUCAGCCUGCCCUUCUCAGAUGAAAUGGGAGAUGGCCUGAUCAUGACUGUAAGUAAACCUUGUUACUUUGGAAACCUGCUGCUGGGGAUUGUUGGAGUUGAUGUCAAUCUCGCUUAUAUCUUGGAAGAUGUCACCUACUACCAAGACUCUUUGGGUUCCUACACAUUCCUCAUUGAUAAUAAAGGAUACACUCUUAUGCACCCAUCCCUCACCAGGCCCUACCUGCUGUCUGAACCACCACUCCACACAGAUAUUAUCCACUAUGAGAACAUUCCCAAAUUUGAGCUGGUGCGCCAGAACAUCCUUAGCAUUCCCCUGGGCAGCCAGAUCAUUACAGUCCCUGUGAACUCCUCGCUGUCUUGGCACGUAAACAAACUGAGAGAGGUUGGAAAAGAAGCCUACAAUGUCAGUUAUGCCUGGAAAAUGGUCCAGGACACAUCCUUCAUUCUGUGUGUCGUGGUGAUACAGCCAGAAAUACCUGUCAAACAGCUGAAGAAUCUCAACACUGUCCCCAGCAGCAAGCUCCUCUAUCACCGACUGGAUCUGCUGGGCCAGCCUAAUGCCUGCCUGCACUUCAAGCAGCUGGCUACCUUGGAAAGCCCUACAGUGAUGCUCUCUGCAGGCAGCUUCUCCUCUCCUUAUGAACAUCUGAGCCAGCCCGAGACAAAGCGGAUGGUGGAGCACUACACUGCAUACCUCAGUGACAACACCCGCCUCAUUGCCAACCCUGGCCUGAAGUUCUCUGUCAGAAAUGAAGUAAUGGCUACCAGUCACGUCACAGAUGAAUGGAUGACACAAAUGGAAAUGAGUAGCCUGAACAGUUACAUUGUGCGCCGUUACAUAGCAACCCCCAAUGGGGUGCUCCGAAUUUACCCCGGUUCCCUCAUGGACAAAGCAUUUGAUCCCACCAGGAGACAAUGGUACCUGCAUGCAGUGGCCAAUCCAGGACUAAUCACCUUUACUGGUCCAUACCUAGAUGUUGGAGGGGCUGGCUACGUUGUUACCAUCAGUCACACAGUCCAUUCUUCCAGUGCACAGAUGUCAUCAGGACAUUCAGUGGCAGUGAUGGGCAUUGACUUCACCCUACGAUACUUCUACAAAGUUCUCAUGGACCUGCUGCCAGUUUGUAACCAGGAUGGAGGGAACAAAAUAAGGUGCUUUAUCAUGGAAGACAGAGGCUACCUUGUGGCACACCCCACCCUCAUCGAUCCUAAAGGACACGCACCAGUGGAGCAACAGCACAUAACACACAAGGAGCCUCUGGUAGCAAAUGACAUUCUGAACCACCCCAAUUUCGUCAAGAAAAACCUCUGCAACAGCUUCAGUGACAGAACAGUCCAGCGGUUUUAUAAAUUUAACACCAGCUUAGUGGGGGACCUGACGAACCUUGUGCACGGCAGUCACUGCUCCAAGUACCGGCUGACGAGGAUCCCGGGCACCAACGCCUUCGUGGGCAUUGUCAACGAGACCUGCGACUCGCUCGCCUUCUGUGCCUGCAGCAUGGUUGACAGGCUCUGCCUCAACUGCCACAGAAUGGAGCAAAACGAAUGUGAGUGUCCCUGCGAGUGCCCUCUGGAGGUAAACGAAUGCACCGGCAACCUCACCAACGCCGAGAGCAGGAACCCAAGCUGUGAAGUUCAUCAGGAGCCAAUGACCUUCACAGCCAUCGACCCGAGCCUACAGGACGCUCUGCCACAGUGUAUCAACACUCAGUGCAACCAGAGGACAGAGAGCGGAGAUUGCUUUGGUGUGUUGGACUGUGAGUGGUGCAUGGUGGACAGUGAUGGAAAAACCCAUCUAGAUAAAUCCUAUUGUGCCCCUCAGAAGGAGUGCUUUGGUGGCAUUGUGGGAGCAAAGAGCCCGUACGUGGAUGACAUGGGAGCAAUCGGGGAUGAGGUAAUCACUCUGAACAUGAUCAAAAGCGCACCAGUUGGACCAGUGGCUGGAGGCAUCAUGGGCUGCAUUAUGGUGCUUGUCCUGGCCGUAUAUGCUUAUCGCCACCAGAUACAUCGGAGGAGUCACCAGCACAUGUCACCUCUGGCUGCUCAGGAAAUGUCAGUGCGUAUGUCGAACCUGGAAAAUGAUAGGGACGAGAGAGACGAUGACAGCCAUGAAGACAGGGGAAUCAUCAGCAACACUCGUUUCAUAGCAGCGGUGAUAGAGCGGCAUGCCCACAGCCCUGAGCGCCGACGCCGCUACUGGGGACGAUCGGGGACAGAGAGCGACCACGGCUACAGCACCAUGAGCCCUCAGGAAGACAGCGAAAACCCUCCUUGCAAUAACGAUCCGUUGUCAGCCGGCGUUGAUGUUGGCAACCACGAUGAAGACCUGGACCUGGACACCCCACCUCAGACCGCUGCCCUGCUGAGUCACAAGUUUCACCACUACCGGUUGCACCACCCAACCCUUCAUCACAGCCACCACUUGCAGGCUGCAGUCACAGUACACACUGUGGAUGCAGAGUGCUAAUGGACAAGGAGAAGAGAAACCUAACUUGCAAACAACGAUCUGUGCAGCAACAGGCAGCUUUGGUAUGGUGCUUCUCACCAGGAAUGACAUAGCUGACUUCCUGAGCAAACUGUUAGGCACAAAAAGCCUUCCAUUUCUAGAAAGGUAAGGUUGGCUCUGAGAUGGAAGGGAAACGUCCUUGAUGGAUGGACCUGCCAUAACAUGGAGUGAAACGCAGCAGGAGGCACGUUAGACCUCCAGCAACAGGGACGCAAGUUUACACAGCAGCUGAAGCUUUGGCGGCCCUCUUACGCUGAGCCAGGAGGAGAGAGCGAGCUUGAAAGAGCCAGAGAUGAUUUGGUUUCCUUAACUGGAAGAGCAGAAAUCUGUACAGCUGAAGACUCAAAAAGUGCCAGAUGGAGGCGGGGAGGGGGGAAAAGGCUGCUGGCUUCUCUGUGGUUUGUUCUGCACGCAGAAAGUUCUCUGCUCCCACGAUUGCUGUGUGCAACCUGGGACAAUGCAUCUCCAGAUUUUUAAGUAAAGGAUUAUUUUUCUACUAUUUAUUGAACUCAGAACUUUGGGGAGGGAGGGAGGGGAGAAAACACGUUAGCGAUUCUCAGCAGCUACUACGAUGUAUUCUGUGCUGGUGAAGUGGUUCUUCCGAGGAAGACAUCUGUUUCUUAUUAGCUGAGCUUCAUCCACUGCCCUGCUCUGCAAAAGGGAAAAUGAAGAAGCCAUUCCUGCCAUGUUUACAUUCUGAAGGCUUUCUUUGCCACAGUGGUUUUCUGUAAAUACCACAACCUGAUUUAGAGGACAGGAUUUUCUUCCUCUUGCAGAGGGGAAAGCCUGUGCUCCCUUACUAAAAUCCUGAGAAUUCAGCCCAUCAACCUCUCCCAUCCUUACCUCUUCGAUCAUCCUUCAAGGUUUUCUGUGUGGAAGUAAUCAGGAAUUUAUUUAGCCUUAGCUAGCAGAUGAUUCCAAGUGAAAUCCAGGCCAUUCUUCUGUUUCCUUCGGACGCUGUCAUGGUCAGACACAGGGAUAAACUAGGGCUCUCUACACCUGGGGUUACUGUGGAAGAGAGCUUCUGGAAGUUGUAAUUCUAAGCUGCUGCUGGUGUUUGUCUGGAAGUUAACAUGGCAUUGGGAAUUCCACCCAAGAUUAACCAACCUGUCUGUCACAUCAUAAUUACAAAUUAAUUUUCAGUCACAGUGUUGGAUUUUAGAUUCAGGUUUGGGGUUUGGGGUUUUAUUUUGGUGAUUACAGCGAUAUGAAAACCCUUCUUGCACUGUGGGUAUGAUAAACAUCCAUUUGUAUGUAGGGUUUGUUUUUAAAAACAAAGAAAAAAAUGACUUGUUUGAAUUAAUAUGGUACUUAAUGCUGUAUUCUGUACAAAAAUGAGUUUGAAGCAGUACGGUAAAAUAUGUGUGAUAUCAGGAUACCCCUUUAUACUAUGUAUAAAAAUCCACUCUCUAGUGAAAUAAACUGUAUAUAACGUAGAGCUCUGUGGAGAACUGGCUAGGUGGAACUCACUGUGCUUGGUGAAGGGCUGGACAACCUUAGCCAGUCACUAGUGGUGUUCCUCAGGGCUCAAUAUUGGGGACAGUUCUCUUUAACAUCUUUAUGAAUUAUCUGGAGGAGGGAAUUGAGUGCACCCUCAGUGAGCUUGCAGCUGAAACUAAAUUGGGUAGGAGUGUUGAUCCACUGGAGGCUCUGCAAAGUGAUGUGGUCAGGCUGGAUGGAUGGGCUGAGUUCAGUUGUAUGAGGUGUAACAAAGCCAAGUGCUGAGUGCUGCACUAGAGUCACAACAGCCCCAUGAAUGCUCCAAACUGAGGGCAGAGUGGCUGGAAAGUUGCCUGUUGGAAAAAGACCUGGGGAUGCUGUUUAACAGCUGGCUGCACAUGAGCCAGUGUGUGCCCAAGUGGCUAAGAAGGCCACCUGCAUCCUGGCUUCUAUCAACAAUACUGUGGCCAGCAGGAGCAGGGAAGUGAUUGCCCCUGUACUGGGCACUGGUGAGGCCACACCUCAAAUACUGGAUUUAGUUUUGGGUCCCUUGCUCAAAAAAGAACCUUGAGGAUCUGAAGUGAGUCCGGAGAAAGGCAAGAAAACUGGCAAAGGGUCUGGAGAAUAGGUCUGGUAAGGAGCAGCUGAGGGAACUGCGGUUGUUCAGCCUGCAGAAAAGGAACCUGAGAGGAGAUCUGGCUCUCUGCAACUACCUGAAAGGAGGUUGGAGUGAGGUAGGAUCUCUUCUUCCUAUUAUGGGGUAAUAGAAUGAAAGGAAAUGGCUUGAAAUUGUGCUAGGGGAGGUUUAGGUUGAAUGUUAGGGAAAAUUUCUUUUCCUGCAAGAGUGGUCAGGCAUGGGAACAGGCUGCCCAGGGAGGUGGAGUCACCAUCCCUGGAGGUGUUCCAAGAAAUGUGUUGACAUGGCACUUGGGGACAUGGUUUAAUGGCAGUGGUGGUGUAAGGCCGAUGGUUGGAUGCAAUGGUGGAGGUUUUUUCCAACCAAAACAAUUCUAUGAUUGUACUUGAAGCAAUAAAAAGAACCAAAGCUCUUGCUUAGAAUUAAGGAAUAAGAAUCUAGAGGUGUGCCAGGUCACAAAUUCAAGUGCUGAUGGCUAACUUCAGCCCAGCAGGAGUAAAUGUCAUGCUGGUAAAGAUACUGCUGCUCAUUUAAACCAAACUCUGAUAACAGAUCUAAUCACUGUUUCUAAUAGCUCUUCCAUUUUUAUUGCCCAAGUUGCUGCCACAGUCUUUCCUUUCUGAUAUUCUUUUACUGUGUUGACUGAGGAGCAAGAUCAUAAAAUGGGCAGCUGGACUCAAACCCUGUGUGCUCUUUACCAGUAACUAGGAACCUUUAUGGCCCUUCAUUUUCCACUUGCCUCAUAUUUGAAAUUUAGCUGUAUUAAGCAGGUCAAAGGACUUUCUCCUUCCCCACUUCUCUGCCCUAGGGAGGUCACAGCUGGACUGCUGGGUCCAGUUCUGGGCUCCCCAGCUCAAGAGACAGAGAAGUACUGGAGAGAAUCCAGUGGAGCCUACAAAGAUACUGAGGGCCCUGGAGCAUCUCUGUGAGAAGCAGAGGCUGAGAGACUUGGCGCUGUUGUGCCUGGAGAAGAGCAGCCUGAGAGGCUCAGCAAGAGUUAAGGGACCUUUUGGAGGUCAGACUCUUCUUGCUGGUUCCCAGCCACAGGACAAGGGGCAAUAGGCACAAACUGGAACCAGGAGAUUCCAUCUGAACAGGAAGAGAAAUCUCUUUGAUGUGAGGAUGCUGGAGCCCUGGAGCAGGCUGCCCAGAGAGGUUGUGAAGUCUCCUUGUCUGGAGGGCUUCCAAACUCUCCUGGCAAUUGUGAGGCUGGGCAAACUGCUGUGGGUACCCCUGCUUUAGCAGGGGAGUUGGACUGGAUGAUCUCCAGAGGUCCCUUCCCACCCCCACAGUGCUGGGAUUCUGUAAUUUCCUGUAGGUUUUCUGAGUUUCACCUUUGGUUUGUGCUGACUAACAAUGAACCAAAUCAGUGCUCAACGACUGAAAGUACUAUGAAGGGUACUGACGUUUCCUGUGUGUAACAAGCAGGUUCUUUACCCAAGGACCUAGGUGGCCUGCCCAGAGAGAGAAGCUGUUUCCAUGCUGAGAACAUACUGCUUGAAGAUGAAUCUAGAUGAUGUUUUCCACUUGUUUACACUAUUGCCUUGAUAAAAACUAUGAUUUGGGAAGUAGUCUGUUACAACUUGCCCACAACAUUUUAUAAGGCCACUUAAGCCAUGAAACGUUAUCUUUACCCUUGCCCUUGGCAAGGGGCAAGAAGAUAGAUGAGAUGUUCCCAUGUGCAGCAGUAGUUGUGACUAUAACUGGUCAAAAAUGAAGUCUGGAGCUUUCAAAGGCUUUGUUCUGGAAAGUGACCCAGAAAUGAUGUUGAAGACAUAAAGUGUAUUUGUCAGAGUACAAUUUAUGGUAGUGAGCUGGCAGCAAAUAUGGAAAAGAGGGGAAAAUGAGGAUGUAGAAGUGCUGGACCAAGCUAAGAGAGCACAGGUAUUCCCAAGUGCAAAGAUUAAUUUGCAGUGUUUGCAGCUCCUAGCUCCCUGUUCCAUUUGUUUUUCAAAGAGAAUCCCAUCUAUGGCUGGGAUUUUCAAAGGAGCCUGCACAAGGCUUUCAGUGAUGUUUGGAAUAUUAAUUCCUACAGCAGUGAAUUCACAAACUGGAAGGCUGCUUUGCUGUGCAGUCUCUGUCUUUGUCAUGGACCCUAACCAUGAACAAGCAAUGCCAGUGCCAUAGAGGAUUUCAUAUUGCUGCUCUGUAGUACUUCUGCCUGAGGAUAGCUAAUUAUUUUCUCUGUUUUAUGUGCUCUGAACUGAGUCACAGAAGGACCUUGGCCCAGAAGGACUUGCAUUUCUGAAGCCAAGGCUACAGUGGAAUGUGGACACUCAAGUCCAAAAGUAAAGUCCUCCAACCCCUGCCUUGUUAGCAGAGUGCCAGACUUAGCUGGUUGUGUUUGCCAGCGCAGACGGGGAGAUGCUGCCAGCUCUGCCUUGAUGCCACUCACUUCAGACUGUGCUUUUUGAGCUUGGGGUCUGCAGAUCCUCUGCCUGGGAACUCCAAGGAGCCUGGGCUGGCAGAAACUCAGAGUGUGUCUAACACCGUGUGUGAAAAAUUUCCAAGUGAGCUCCUGACUCUUCAAGGCAGCCUGCACUAGAACAUUGCACUUCCUCCCUGCCUACUGCCUUCCAGGCAAAAGCUUAAUCACUUCACAGAUUCAUAGAAUGAGUUGGGUUGGAAGGAACCUUAAAGACCAUCUAAGUACAACCCCCUGUCCUGGGCAGGGACACCUUCCACUAGAUCAGGUUGCUCAAGGUCUCAUCCAGCCUGGCCUUGAACACCUCCAAGAUGGGGGCAUCCACAACCUCCCUGGGCAACCUGUUCCAGUGUCUCACCACACUGGAAAGAAUUUCUUCCUAACAUCCAGUCUAAAUCUUCUCCAGCUUCAAUCCACUCCCCCAUAUCCUAUCUUUACAAGCCCUUGCAGAAAGCCCCUCCCCAGCUUUCUUGUGGGUACUGGAGGGCUGCUCUAAGGUCUUCCCAGAGCCUUCCUGUUUCCAAGCUGAACUCCCACAAUUUCUGCCUCUCCUCUGCAAACCUCCAGUGAGAUUUUCAGUAAGUAGUUGAUUUAAUUAUAUAUUAAAGGAAAAUAAUUGUCUGAAAUACAGAAGAGUUUCCUUCGAAUAAUCAGAUCUGCUUGGUUUAAUCCAGGCUUUCACUGUCAUGCCCAUCAGAAAGUGGCAGUUAAUACCAGUUGGCAAAGUGCUGACCCUCAGCAGAAGGGCAGCCCAAAUUUGAUGGCAGAGACAGGACAUUUACAAGUUCUGGAAGUUUCAGCUCACCAGUGAAUCACAGUAGCCUUGUAUAAAUGCUGUGGAAAGAACGUUUCCCAGUUUUCUCCCUAGACUGGUUUCCUUAGGGGCAGCAGUAGAUGGUAGUGCUCUCAGAGGCUGCAGCUAGCAGUAACAGGUUUUGUUCUGGUUUAUUCUACGGUUUUAUAGCUGACAGCAGCAAAACCACUCCAGCUUUUGGAGCAGUGCCUGAACAAGUGCUCUCCACUGUUACUGACACUAAAGGAGCAAAACCAAGGACAGCAAGGAAGGGAUACUUGGCCCAAAAGCAUAGUACAGGAACAUUUCUACCCUACCCUCCACCUGGCAUUGAAAUGUCAGGGUGCGAGUGCGACAGACAGAGGUUUGGGGACAAAGAGAACAGCCUCCCAGGUUGUCCAGUCAGCACUUCCUACCAGCAGUGUCUGCAUGGAAAAAUGUGCAGAAAGAGGUGGGGCCAUCCCUCAGCAAAGUUCUUCCCAAAGUAGUCUCUCCUCUUUAAACCCAGGCACCCACCCAGCAGCUGAACCCUAGAGUUAUUUUGCUUGGUAAAGACCUUCGGGGUCACCAAGUUCAACCAGUCUCCUAACUCUGCCAAGGCUGAUGCUAAACCAUGUCCCUCAGCACCACAUCUCUGCCUCUUUUAAACAUCUCCAGAGAAGGGGAUUCAGACACCUCCUUGGGCAGCCUGUUCCAGUGUUUGGGAACCCUUUCAAUGAAGAACUUUCUUCCAGUGUCCAACCUAAAUCUGCCCUGGUGCAACUUGAGGCCAUUUGCUCUUGUUCUAUCAGUUGUUCCCUGGGAGAAGAGACCAGCACCCUGCUGGUUCCAGCUGCCUUUUCGGGGAGCCGUAGAGAGUGAGAAGGUAUCCCCUCAGGACCAACCUUGCUUCAGAGUGCCAGCCUUGGAUUAUCAGACUGCCAGGUAUUUCCAGUGUUGGUCAGCAGUGAGGGAUUUCUCUUAAAGCUCUUCUGGUACACCCAAAUGUAAUGAAAUGGGACAGACUCUGUGAGUAAGGUUGGCAGUGGGACCUGCAGGAAACUGGGGGCUUGGUCAAAUGAUUUUAAUAGACUUAUUCUCAGUUUUCCAACUUUCCGACACUUCAGCAAUUAAUUUGGUCCCUCUAUCAAUUCUCCUGGCAUAAUCCCAGGCAGUUGGUUAAGUAACUAAAGGGCAUGAUGUAAUUCCUGCAAAAUCAGAACAACCACCUCUUUAGGUGCAUUUACUUUCAUUGCAGCUUAAGCAAGGACAUCUGUGUGAGGAAGUCAGAAUCUGUUACUGCUGUAACCUCAGCCACAGAAGCUGGAGGACAGGAAGGGGAUGGGUUCUUCUGUUCCUCAUGGAAACAGAAUGAACAGGUCAAUGUCAGACACUUCCUUGUGUCUGUAGCUAGAGAUUCUGGUCUAUGACAGUUUCUGCCACUUUGCUCUGGUGAGGCCUCACCUGGAGUACUUGCGUCCAGCUCUGGAGCCCACAACACAGGAAGGACGUGGACCUGAUGGAGCAGAUCCAGAGGAGGGCCAUGAAAAUGAUCAGAGGGUUGGAGCACCUCUGCUAUGAGGACAGGCUGAGGGAGCUGGGGAUGUUAAGCCUGGAGAAGUGAAGGCAUCAGGGAAACCUAAUAGCAACCCUCGAGUACCUGAAUAGAGCCUACAAGGAGGCUGCAGAGAGACUGUUGACAAAGACCUGCAGUGACAGGACAAGGGCAAUGGCUUCAAACUAGAGCAGAGCUGAUUUAGAUUAGAUGUUAGGAACAAGUUCUGCACCAUGAGGGUAGUGGAACACUGGAACAGGUUGCCCAGGCAGGUGGUUUUGGCCCCAUCCCUGAAGCUAUUCAAUCUGAGGCUCAACAGGGCUCUGGGCAGCCUGAUCUAGCUGAGGAUGUCCUUGCUAACUGCAGAGAGGGUUGGACUGGAUGACCUUCAGAGGUCCCUUCCAACCCAGACCAUUAUGUGGUUCUGUGUGAUUCCAUGGGGACCUUUUAAUAACUGAGUGGCAAAACAUUUUAUAAGCUGAUCAGUUUUCCAAGAAGACACUGGGAAGCUUGAGCUUGUAUUCAUCCUUUAGGCCUGUUUUCCAUAUAUAAGGAGUUAACAGUGAUUUCAGGGAUAAAAUACUAUGCUUCCAACUGCAGCUUGUGCAGGCAGGGAUAAAUCCCUGACUGAUCAUCCCAAAAGAGAUUGCUGUAUGAUGCCUGUUCACUCCCAGUCUACCAGCCAGUCAGUCAGUCACCUCAAGGACCUCCCUGGAGUUUCUUCUGGAAUCCAGUGGGAAUCUCCCCAGCAGUAACUUGUCCCACUCAUCCCUUGUCUUUUCCAUGGGAUCCUUGUAAAAAGGAUCCAUCUUCUCAGUAGCCACCCUUUAUGUACUGGUCUGUGGUAAUAAGGUCUCCCCCAAGCCUUCUCAAGGCUGAACAACUUCUUCCCGUGGCAGGGCUUCCAUUCCUCUGAUCAUAAGCCACAUCACAGUGGCAGAAUGCAGAAGAUCUAGAGGAGGAGGAAUCAGGGUUUGAGGCUGCUUUGAACCAAGAGGUAGUGCAGCAAGCAAGUCAGUGUCAGUGUCCAGUUCCUAGGAAACAGAGAAUCUGAGGCAGAACAGUUUGGCCUUCUCAGCCACAUGAACCAACAGUGUGUUCUUUGAGCCAAGAAAGUCAGUGGUCUCCUGGGGUGUAUUAAUGUCACCAGCAGGUCAAGAUUGGUUCUCCUCCCCUUCUACUCUGCCCUAGUCAGACCACCACUGGAGCUACUUGGCCAGAUUCUGGACUCCUCAGUUCAAGAGAAACAGAGAACUAAUGGAGAAAGUUCACUGGAGACUACAAAGAUGCUGAGGGGCCUGAAGCAUCUCUGUAAGGAGACAAAGCUGAGAAGCCUGGGUCUGAGCCUGCAGAAGAGCAGUCUGAGAGGGGAUCUGCUCAGUGCUCAGCAAGAGCUAAAGGACCUGUGGGGGGCAAGAGGAUGGAGCCAGACUCAGUGGUGUCCACAGACAGGACAAGCGGCAAAGGGCAAAUACUGGAAAUUAGGAGGUUCCAUCUGAACAGGAGGAGAAACUUAUUUGGUAUGAGGGUGCUGGAGCCCUGAAGCAGGCUGUCCAGUGAGGUUGUGGAGGCUCCUCUGGAGAGAUUCCAAACCCAGCUGGACAUUGUGAUCCGAGCAAACUGCUCUGGAUGACCCUGCUUUAGCAGAAUGGUUGGACUGGAUGAUCUCCAGAGGUCACUUCCAACACCCACCAUGCUGGGACUCUGUGAUUCUGUGAUUUGAAACUACAAUUUGCAGCACAUUAAUAGCUCAGCCAGUAAAAAUACUCUGUGUUGGAAUGUGGGGCUGUGCCUGCUUUUGCUGGAAAACUCGAGGCAUAGUUUAAUAUUUUUUAAUACUAAAAUUGCCAAAAUGGUACUUUGUGCCAAGAAGUUAUUACUAAAUUUGAAGCUGACUCUGGGUUACAUUACCUUUCAGUGCAAUGACAGGUCCUCACUUCAUAAGUUAUAGUUCUUGCUUCUUUUAUCUUUGUGCUGUUAAUUUGCAAACCACUGUGUCACAGGAUGGAAAUGGAGGAGAAGGUGCUAACCAGUCUGUUAGGGAGCUAAUCCAUCAUUCCUAACACACUUGGGAGCAGUGUCACACCAAGUUUCAUAGCUGUCAGGCUCCACCUAAAGAAAGACUUCAGCUCUUCAGCUGUGGGCAAAGCCACUUGAAGCGUUUUGUGUCUGUGUGGAAAAACAUCUCAGGAGUAAAAAAACGUCCUGUUUUGGGGCACACAAAGCAGUACUUGACAUGAUUUGCUCACUCCAAGAAGGACAUUGAGGUGCUGGAGUGUGUCCAAAGAAAAGCAAUGAAGCUGGUGAAGGGUGUAGAGCACAAAUCUUGUGAGGAGCAGGUGAGGGAGCUGAGGUCGUUUAUCCUGGAGAAAAAGAAGCUGAGAGGAGACCUGGCUCUCUACAACUCUCUGAAAGGAGGCUGGAGCCAGGUGGGGGUUGGUCUCUUCUCCCAAGCAACAAGCGAAGGGACAAGAGGACAUGGCCUCAAGUUGCACCAGGAGAGAUUUAGGUUGGACAAGAGGAACAAUUUCUUCCCCAAAAGGGCUGUCAGGGGACCAAGCUACCCAGGCUUGAACUACCAUCCUUGGAGGGAUUUAAGAUCUGCGUAGAGGUGGUCCUGAGGGAUGUGCUUUAACAGGCAUGGCGAUGCUGGAUUGAUAGUUGGACUUGAUGAUAUUAGAGGUAUUUUCCAAUCUUAGUGAUUCUAGGAUUCUAUGGUUUAGGAGUGACCUGGCAGUUCUGGAUUAACAGUUGGACUUGAUGGUGUUAAAGAUCUUUUAGCAGCCUAAACAAUUGAAUGAUUCUACUCCAGUGUACAUGUCAGCACAAGUAAGGCUUCUGCCAAGUGAAAAUAACCAUUUAUUGGCAGCGCAACUCUGAAUGGCACAAUGUGGCUGUGGUGGCCUCUGAAGCAAUCUGUUGCCCAUCUGGCACCUCUUCAAUAUGAUGGGCAUUGCUGGGAGGGGAUUUGGUAGACCUGAACUCUGAUCCUAUAUUACUGCUGUUCUUAAGUGCAAUAUAUCUUUGGGAUUAAAACGAGUUUAGCAGUUAGCUGGACCUGCCAUGUCACAAUAUCUGUCUCAACAACAUUUCAGUCUAGACAUGUCGAGUUGUUUUAAUGGUUAACGAGUGAAUUGUAGUCCAGCAGAGCAAGGGAAGCCUGAGACUGUGAGGUAGCUGCAGAGAGAGGUUACAAAGUGUUUGUUUCUUCAGGAUACCGAAGGUAUCAGUUGCUCACUGUGCUCUUCCGGGCUGGUAAUUUGAUAGGAAAUUCUGUUUGUCUCUCAAUGAUCCCCACUCUUACUGCAGUGUGGAAUUUUACCCUGAGAAUGCAUUCUAAUUUGUUAGAAAAGUGGUGAGAGGAACUUCUUUUGCCUCCUCUGAUAUGUUUUGGAGGCAAUACACAUCUGUGAGUUAAAGGACUGAGCAUUUCGAUAAUCAUCACUGAAAUAAUUACUGCUGUGGGCAAUUGAAUCCACACCUUUUGGUUACCACAUUUCAGUUUCCUAAUGAAAUGUGCAACUGGAGCUGGGAACGGUGGGCACAAUAAAGACUGGAGAGGGUGGUGUUGUUUGCACUUUGCUCACAUGAAGCAGUGCUAGCAAUCAGGGAUUUUUAUGGAAGCUUGGAAUUGGCAGCAACUGAUGGAUUCCACGCCCUUAUUGCGGGAAACACCAAUCACGUGGUUUCAGAAGAGUGCUUGGAUUUUGCUUUCAUAAAAUAAAUCACUUGUUUAAAGAGCUCACA